AAGAUUGACCAAUUUCAAUCUGUGAUUCUCGUAACUUUAUUUUCGGAUAUGGUUUGGAAAUUAUAAAUGUGUUAAUUCUAAAAGUAAAUAAUUAAGUGCGUCGCAGUAACACUAUCGAGGUUUUUAUAUUUUCUUGUUUUGAAGUGGUCCUAUCCAUGUAUUGUGUGGUGAAAAAUAACUGUGCUAUAAUGAUAACAAAAGAUACAAAAUUUCUUUGAUGUCUCGUUGCGUCUUUUUUUAGUUGCGUGUGUCGAGUGAAUUUUAACUAGUCAUGAACGUUUCCAGCAGCAAGAGCUGGUAAUGAAUACGUAACGUAUGAUGUGAUUUUAGUGUUCGUGACGUCACAAGAGUAAAGAGACAUUUUACAACUCCGCGCUAUAAUGUUUCCCAGUUUUUAUCGGUGAACUUGCGAAAAUUAUUACCAGUUUAGUGAGAGAAAGUUCGCGGCGCGGAGGUGGUUUUGCGCGAGGAUGGGCGGCGAUGUCUGCCCCCUCCGAUAGCGCUGCAAACCCUUCACAAUGUGCAUGCACCAAUAUAUCAUUGAUGCAAUUGUUUCAUGAGUUAAAACAAAAAUUCCCCGGCGUACCUGAUCAUGUUGUUUCUAAUACAAUUGAAUUAUAUUGCCACGAUAAGAAGGCAUGUGAGAAUCAUCUCCUCAGAGAAGUCAAAACCUCCCUAACACAUGCCUAUCAUGGGUCAUCUUUGGCAGCAGCGCGCCAACUGAACAACUUAAAAAUCAAUCCACCUCCUAAGUGUCGUAACCAGCCUAUAGUGAGGCAUGAUAUCAUAAGACCUACAAAUGUGACAUCUGUAACUUGCCAAGCACCACAAACUGCAUUAAUCAGCACAAGUAUACUUGAUGACCUUGAACUGAGCACUGACAAUAACCAAAAUAUAGUGGAGAAGAAACCAGUGGAGGCUGUAAACUCUCCUGUAGCAAUUGUGAAUCUUGAUAAUUGUUUUGUCAAAUACAAUGCAGAUUCACCCAGUGAUCUGGAAUUAACAAAUGAAAAACAAGGUAAUAUAACAAAGGAAGCAAAUCCAGAACAUGUUACAGAAGCGCAACAGUCUGAAAUUACAAAUUAUAGAAUAUUAAAGAGUAAUAAAAUAAAAUCAAACCUACAUGAGAGGCUAGAUUGUGUUAAAGAAAAGAAGACCAUAAAGAAAGAUAAAGAAGAACCUAAGAAGGAAGUGAAAGAAGAAUCACUGGUGGAAUCUAAAGAAGAACCAAAAUUAGAACAGCAGACUAAGCCUCAGAGACCGAAUACAUUAAACUUCAUAAAACCUAAUCCAGAUAUUGCAUUUAAUGAAGGUUUAAAACCGCAACCUGAAGCUGAGACUUUUCAUACUGUGUCAUCAGCUCCUAAAACUGAGAGCAAAGAUAAUAAAAACUCUGCUCAGCGUCAGGACAGGGGAUAUCCUCUAAAUUUGUCUGUGAAUGUCAACUGUCAUAUGGACUUGAGUCGCACUUACAGUGAUUUGUGGUUGGAUGAUUAUGAGAGUCCAAGAGCUAUAACAUCUGUUAAUCUGACUGUUUGUACACCCACAUCAAAUAUGGCAAGUCCUGUUCGAGAUAAUCAUGAUGAUGAUAACGGAUUUGAGGGGCAUGUGACAGUGACUGUAAGCCCUAGUACUGCAAGACCCCCAAGACGCAGGGCGCCACCACCACCACCAACUUCAAGAAUAGAUUCUCCAAGGCCUGCUAGGGCUGCACCUGACCCACCUAGUCGAGAGCAAUCUUUAAUUGAACGUCAGAAGGAGAGAUUGGCUCGUUUAGCAUCAGCACUAGCUCAGGAGAAGGGUAGAUUAGCACAGUUGAGUAAGGAGACCCAAAUUCUUGCUGCACCUCCACCCACCCCAAUGGCCACUCAAAGGUUGAAGGAUUAUGUGGAACGGUUGAGAGAUGAGUGUGAUAUGCUUGCCAAGACCCUUGAAAUGGGCACAACUGCUCGAGUGCUGCCCGUUCCGGAGACAGCGGACGGAAAUUUCUACAGCAAUAUCUACACUGGGCAACGUCCGCCAUCCUCCUGGCAGUGUCACAUGUGCACAUUCAGGAAUCACCCGCUCCUCGACAAGUGCGAAGAGUGCGACAUGCCCAGGAUAUUCGUAGUUCGCUCACCAGACGGUAUAACGGUUCGCCUAAUGCCAGGUCGCCGAAAAAUUGUUCGCUCGUGGGUCUUAUGAGACGAAGGUUAAUUAGGUCUACUCUAUCUUAAGUGCAGUAGCUAAAACUAUCUGUGAUAUUCGCAUUUGGUAAGACUUAUUUUUAAGUCGUUAUUUUGAAUUGCACAUUCCAUAUUAGGAUGUUGUCUAUGGUUGCAUUGUAUGGAUAUACCGGGGAAGUGACGUCAGAACAUAUGCCUUGAUAAGAUAUUAAGUAUUUUUAACAGCUCAAAGUAACAUGACAGUGUCAUGUGAAUAGUUGGUCUUUCGAAAGGCAUUAUCAAGGGUCUUAUAUUAUGCUCUUUCCUAUUCCCAUUGAGUGCUCUAUCGUACCAAAUGCGAAUAACUUAUUGUUAUUUACAUUUACACGCUGCUGCACUUAAGGUGGAUAGGAAGAUUUGUCAUCCAUAAAAUUAUAUGUUUAGCUGUAAGACUUAUAGAUUGUUAUUUAUAUCUGUAUAAACCUGUAGCUACCAAGUUCGUAGCGAGAAGAAAUUAGGUAAAAUAUUUUAUUGAAACUGAAUAAAGCAACGAUAGAUGCCAGCUAAUAAAUGUACUAUAUUAGUAUCUAGUAAUUAUAGAGAAAUAAGUAUAACGAUAUCAAUUCAUUGUGACGAUUCUGCGUAUUUUUAUAAUAAUAUUUGCGCUGAUGAAUAUGUGUUAUAAAUAUAAAUAGGCUGUUAAAACACAAAAGUAAUAUUUCUUUUGUGCCUGUUUGAUAUUCGCAUUUUGGCGCUGUUGGCCAUGUAGCGAGAGUCUGCGGUACUAAAACUAGUGAUGAUAACCUAAUGGAUACCACCAACAUAGAUGGUGGGAAACUAUUUACAAAAAAAAUGUGUACUUUAUUACGUUGAUUGUUGAAGUAUAAAUAACACGGAAAACGAACGAAAUUAAUUCAAAUUGUAAAAAUACUUAGAGUUAGUUAGAGUAGGUAUAGUACGUUCCUUCGCAGCCAUUUAUAUUAUACGUCAAAAUUAGUCCUCUAGACGCUCGGAAGUGGCGCUUCAAAUAGGCACAAAAAAUUUGCUGUCAAACAUAUGGAACAGCCUGUCCAGUGGUAUUUAUACAGGUCAGUGUCAGUGAAUAAAUGAUUCCAACACUACCUGUAUCUAUAAUGAAAAUGGAACAUGCGUAUUUAAAAACCAUUUAUUCACAUUGAUAAAGGUUAUUUUGCAUAACUUUCAAAGUUGCACACCUACUGCAAAGUUCUCAUUGAAAUAAGCUUGUCUUUCAUCUUUGGAAUUACAUAUUAGUUUGAAUAUUCAAUUUGACGUGUUAUACAUAUAGACAUAUCACGUCCAAUAAAAACAAAGCCAAAAUAUGGAACAUGCAAAAAAUUACACCUUAAGCAUCGACUGCUAUAAGAUAUAUUGCCGCAUUUACUCCAGUUGUUUAAAAUAUUAUUGGUCAAUAAGUAGCAAUGUAAAACAUUUAUUCAGUUCAGAAAUGACACAGUAGACGAAAUGACGGACAGUGACAGUUGACACACUAAGGAGUGUGCUUAUAUUGUCUGCACACUUUUGCCGGUCCGCUAUCAGACUGCGAAUGAUAAGUCCUUAAAUAUGUUUAGAACGUCAUUGGAAUUAUUAUCUAAUUUGAAUUUGUCACUUCAUAGAAAAAUAUUUAAAAAAGUUUACAAAGACAAAGUCAGAGAUUCAAGAAGUGUAUUAUUGAGUGGCUACCAAGACAUUGAACAUUCGAUAUUUGUCUUGUUCAGAGCGUUUGAAUCAUCCAGUGUUACUAGAUAUAAUAACACUCGUAGAUGAUUAAAGUUGUGGUGAUUACAGUGGCUGUCUGCAAAUCUUGAACUGAAAUUGAAAUAUGUUACGAAAUUUAAAUGAACUGUUAAAAAAACGUUUGUGUGGGAAAGGUAAUUAAAACAUAAACGAUUUUCUUAAUGAUACCAGUCUGGUGACAGAUGUUUCUUGUGAUCCAUAUUUUUAUUUAAAAAAAAGCCCACUAAUUUCUUGCGCCAGUUCUUUUCAGGUCUGAGGCAGUCUAUUUUGAAUGGGUGGUAGUUUUUGACGUUCAAUAAGUGAUUUUGAAUAAAAUGCUUACUUCAAUGAGUGCCUGCCGUACUAAAUAUUCAAAGUGUAAUAUAACGAGUUUUAUUAGAGAGAAAUUUCUCAAGAACAAAACUAGGAAUAAAUAUCUACUCUAACCAGUAGCAAUCAUUUACGAUACAUUGUUAUUAUUACCUGACCAAUGAGCAUUCAGUACCCAGCGCGGCGCCCGCUCACUUCAGUUAGUUGACUGAAUUGUUUGCAUAGGUAUUGCGACUUGCGUGAUAUAGUUGAUGUCAGUAAUUUAUGUAGUUGAUUACAUUACUUGCCACAUCAUUGUAGAACGACAACACUUUGAAUCUGUACAAAGUGUUUAAAUUAAUAUCUACGAAUUUGUUAUGAAAAACAGCAGAAUUUACAUACAAGAGAAACUUUAAUGUUAACAGUUGAAUGUAAUUAAACUAAAUGAAUCGUUAUACAAAAUUAUGUAAUUACUUAUAGGAAAAUCGGUGUCAGUGUUCUAAUAUCUAUAAGAAUAAUGUAAAACACUCGCUGCCCGUCAAUGGCGUUUUAUAGGCCAGUCCACAUACAACGAACAACGGCAAACAAAAGGUCUGCCUUCUGUUUCACUUGGCGUCACACAAUCUUUCUCUUUCGCUCAAUUUUUUUUUACCGAAUUUGUUAUAAUAGUGUGGACAGGCGCGGGCGCAAACGUUGGACCCGAGGCAUCGCAGAAGGGCAGGAAGUGUUUUACAAACGAGCUUGACAUUAUUGUACCGUCAAGCAAAGCGAACUGUGCUUUAAUUACUAGUCUCUUGUGAAAAAAAUAUAUAUAACUAUACAAAUAAAGUUACUUGAGUAAUUAUAAUUAGUAAAAGUAAAAUAUAAUUAGUAAAAAAAAUAGUAAAUAAGGAUUAAUUUAAAUCAGUGCUUGCACUCGCUAUUUGGAUUUUAUUUGAAUCUUAUAAUAGAAUUUAUCAUUUUCAAUAAAUAAUUUGUUUCAAAUAACAAUCUAAUGUACCUAGCUGGUACGUAGGCCUACUUGUACAAAACAAAUCAUGAAUUUAAUCUUUAUCUCUCUUUGAUACUUGUAGACCAAGUACAUAAAAAACUUGUGAAUACACUCAAAACCUUUACUGGUUAUGAAAUACAUUAUUAAAAAACUAUCUGCCUAAUGCAAGUAUGAUAAUAUGUAUCUCCCUUGAAAUAAAAAGACGUGUGGCACUCGGGGACUGCCGCGGUUAAGCUAUUGCAUAGCAUUUUUUAUCAACUUAUGCAAUUAUAAUAUUUUUUUAUUUUAUUUAUGCAGUAUUUCUUUUUUGAUAAAAUUAAUUUAAAAAAAAAGCAAAAAACGGGAAGUGAGUAAAAUUUUACUUGCAAGAUUUGAUUACACACAGACAACGGGACAGGUGAAACUAAAAAAAUGCUUGUCAUAAUAAAAAUUAAAAAACGUGAUAAAAAAAAUAAAGAAAUUAAAAAAAAUCAAGACGUACCCCAGGCUCGAACCUGGGCCUAGAUCUAGUAAGUAAGUGUUAGGUUAUUUUCGUUACGGAAUUUCUGGAUUCGGUCUCCACGCUCUAGGCCCGCGAUAGAAGCUAUGCAAUAGCUUAAUAAAUGUCGAAUUGGAAGAUAGGUUACCUCAGAAAUAAAUCGGUAGGUACAUUAUCCCACAAUCACUAUUUGCACUCGCGAGAAUUUUUUAUUUUUCUCAACAUAAACAAACAUUUGUUUGAAAUAAUUAAUAAGAAAUUAUAACAAGUUUCAAUCUCUUUUGACUGUAAAUAAAGAUGAGCGUAGAGCGGUGUUAAUUUUUUUUAAUGAAAAUAAGGGACGAGACGAGCAGGACGUUCAGCUGAUGGUAAUUGAUACGCCCUGCCCAUUACAAUGCAUGCCGCUCAGGAUUAUUGAAAAACUAAAAAAUUCGGAGCGGUACUACAAUUGCGCUCGUCACCUUGAGACAUAAGAUGUUAAGUCUCAUUUGCCCAGUAAUUUCACUAGCUACGGCGCCCUUCAGACCGAAACACAGUACUGCUUACACAUUACUGCUUCACGGCAGAAAUAGGCGCCGUUGUGGUACCCAUAAUCUAGCCGGCAUCCUGUGCAAAAGAGCCUCCCACUGGUAAAGGUUGUAAAGUUGUAUGGUAUCUGUUUACAUGAUGUGUUUUAGCAGUUAAUUUUUAUUAAAGUUAUGACAAAGCUACAUAAACACUGCGUGCUAGGUAUAAAAUAUUUACUACUACCCUCAUUUUCUUGCCUUUUUAUUAAUGGGCUCGGCCGCCACUGCGUCGUUCUAUGAAAAUCCGUUGAUGCUGCUCCUUAAAAAUUAUUGAUAAACAAACUAUGUGACAGCUUUUAUAAAAAACUAAUUUUAAUAGCUCUCUGUGUUCUUAGUAGGUUCUAUUUAUUAAGUUUUUACAUAUAUUUAUUUUAUAGUCGAGUACUUCAAAUCAAUUCUAUCGAGAUUCCGUAUCUCGGGAGACAAUUACUUUAAAUUAAAAAAGUGCUAUUCCUUAUUGGAUGUACCUACUGAUGCCCUUGGCUUCGCCUCGUGCCUACAACUGCACCGUACGCAAGAAAGCCUCUAUUUUAUCCGUUGAUGAAAAGUAUCGAUAUAUUAUUUGUAAGUAAGCUAUGUAUAAAGUUAUAUUAUGCAUACAUAAAAAAAGCUUCGUUUUUCUCAAAAAAAUGGUCCACUAUGAAAGGACCCCAGAUUACUCAAUUAGGUAAUAUUAAGAUGUACUUACUCGAUAAUAACUUACCCCUAUUGUUAAUUCUACCGAGCUUCAUUUGUUUCCAUGGAUUAUGUUUUUGAUUCGUUUUUUGUGACAUGCAUAUUUCUCAAAUGUGACGAACCUACCUACGUAAUAAUAUGUACCUUGCCCUCAGGAUUUCAGAGUGAAAUAAGCCAAAUAAACUUUAUCACUAUAAAUAUUACUGAAUCUACCAUUAAACAAAUUAAAGACAACCAUUGAAGACCAUUAAAACAACAAAAUUGUUCAAGCUAGAUGCUUACGAAAUUCAAUUAAAUAAAGAAAAUUAGCAUUUAGUGGCUAUAGAUCUCCACGCUCCAGAACCUAUUUGAAAUAAACCAUUUUUAUAUUUGGAUAGUAGGUAAUUUAUUCAAGAUGUCCAGUAUACUCGGUAUGUUAUACAGGAUAAUUCUUUAGCACACUAUAAGCCCAAAAACCACACAAUUUUACAGAAACAAAUAACGUAUUCCUUAAGUUUUACAUGCCAAGCCUGCAAUGGCUAUACGUACAUUCUUAGUGACAUGAGAUCAGACACACUUCAAAAUAACAACUUGCAUUAGCUGUUGUUCCCGCUCUACUUUGCUGGAUUUAUAAGUAUUUAUAACAUUACACCAAAAUAUAUUAAAAUUUUCAAAUUUCAUAAAGACAUGGUUUCAAACUCAGAGAGUUUAUGUGUCUAGACAACCGAUAAAAAUAGGCCAGGUAAGGUAUGAUAGUAUGUGUGACAAGCUACUUCUUACCACAGAACACUUUUACUCUCACGAGCUUCUUACACACAUUUGUAUUUUGUAUGACACUUUGUGUUAGUGUGUGUGCAUUGAUCAAAAUAGAGGUAAACUCAAUUUUUUUCGACGUUUUCACAGCUAUCAUAGCCUAUCUAGACAUAAAAAUUCUAAGGUUUCAAACUCGUAAACAUUAAAAUUGAAAUUUUAUUUUGUCAUCUUUUGCUGUUUGUUAUUUUUCUGUACUCAGCAUUAUAAAAAAGGGCUUCCUCCUUAGCCAAAGAAACAUUUACUCCACAAUCAGGAAAUAUAAAGGUUCACCAGUGAUCACUUAAAAUCGGGAACCCAAACUCUAUAAAUUUAUUAAAGUGUGAGGAACAUUAUAUUUGUUAAGAAUUUGGAUAAUUUUAGACUCCGGCACAUUACCUGCUUAUCCUACAAAGCAUUGUAAGACUGAAAUUUUAAUAUUCGCAACUUCACAAUAACAAACCACUGACGAGUAAAAAAAUAAGGACUCCGCGCCGUGAUAUUAACACGUGAAGCACCUUUAUGCUAGUGUGUGUGUGCAGUUACGGGGGAUACCAGAUAACACAAAUUAUGUCCCGUUAUUAGUCAUAGUAAUAUAGCAACAUUACUUUUAACUCCGAUUUUUUAAUUUCUGUUAGAUUGUAUCCUAUAAUAAAAAUCCCAGGCAUAGUAUGAAAGUAAAGAUUGGGGGUUUGAUUCCUAUGCCCAUGUCUUGUUUGUAGUAUUUUUGUCUUAACUGAUAUUAAAAUGUAACAUGUAAAAAACAUUUCUUAUUUUAAGAAUACCUACUCAAAAUUCAUUUCGUUUGUUUAUCUCUGACGUGGUAUCAAUUAUGUACAUUUUUAUAGAACAAAUAACUAUGUUUUAUAGUGAUUUGGUUGUUAAGUAAAUACACAAGUGGUGGAAAUUUUGACAUAGUACUGGAUCCCCGACAAUUCAAGUAGCUAUGUAGAUUUAAUGUUUAGAACUGAUACUCGGAUGCACCAGAUCAAAGAUGAGAACGAUACUCGUAGUGAAAUAGUGUUCCACACUACUUAAAAAAAAUUGUUAAAGACAGAACUGUUAUCAUUGCAUCUAGAAACAGAUAAUGAUUUAUGUACUUAGAACACUAUUAAAUGGAUUACCCUAUUUUUCGAGUAAAGUCCCCGUUUACUUUCCGGUCACACCGGAUGUUACUAUCACGCGAAGCGGAGGUUUUGUCUCAAACAUCGAAUUAAUUUGUAUUAUGAAAAUACUAUAAAAUAUAGUGAUAAAAACUAUUUAUCUGUGGAAGGUAAUUCCUUGACACUUUUAUUGUAUCCUAGCACUGUUUUUACACAAUUUCUCAAUACACGGCAGCAUUUUAAAAUUACUUCUUGCGACGCAAAUUGAUCAGUCACAGACAAUGGCAGAUGUCAUAAUGGCGGCUGAACGGCUUAUUUUAGUGUGUUUUGCGUGGGUCUGUGUAUUUACACGUUAACUGGCUUGUUUUGAUGCUUCACUGUUAUGUUAGGUGACAUGGAGUCCUUAUUUUCUUUACUCGUCCGUGUAACAAACCAGCCAUUUAGAAUAACAAUAUUGACUGUUUUCUAUGCAGGUUUAUUGUCAGUACCAAUUAAACUUUCAAAUAAAGUAAAAAUAAAACAACAAUGCUAAGAAAAUGUAUAUGCUAAGUGUACAAUAGAUUGUAAUACAAAAUAUUUUAUACAUAUAAAGAAGAUUGUAUGUUACCAAAUAAAAAUGUGCUCAUUCUUA